UGUACAUAUGUUCACACUUGUUUCUGUUUUUGUUUUCAUAGCAGUCUUUUCCAUGCCUUCAGCGUCAUAAUUAUAUCUUUUUUUAGGUAUAUGCUCAGCGUACAGAUAAAAAAUUCUGUUAUUGUGCCCCCCGUUAAUCUAAAAAUGAUACUACUGUAUAAAUAGGUGCAUGCACCUCAUCAACGAUGUUAGAAAACUCAUAAAAUGGCCAGCAACACCUUAAAAAUAAGUUUGGUCACGGACGGUAAGGCAGUCCAUGUUCCUUAUACAAGUAAAACAAUUGCCGAAGACAUAUGCAUAUCGAUAUGCAAACAACUGUCAAUCGGGCCGGUUGCCAGGCAUAUUUUUGCCUUGAGGAUCACCGGUAAACAAAUAUUCUUAACACCUGUAUCAACAUUCAAUGAAAAAUUGCACUCGUACGACUUUCGUGUACGAUACAGAAUCUCUGACAUCAAUAACCUAAAGGAGACUGACAAGAAUGCAUUCGACUACUAUUUCCAUCAAGUUCGAAGCGACGUCUUGGAAAAUAAAAUUCCCGAUUUAAUUUACGAGAAGUACAAACGGGAAUUGGUAGGUCUGGGAGUAACCGACAUGUAUAGGGUUAUGCUAGAGAAAGAUUUGUCUAGAGAUACUGUCGUGAGUGACUACAAAAAGUAUAUUCCCAAAGAAGUGUUAAAGCGGCAUUCACUUUUCAUUAAGAAGCCUAUUCACGACAGCUUGAGUAAUAUACAGAAGGCCUCCCAUGAUCCUUGGUAUGUUAGAAUGGAGUACCUGAAGCAAUCGUCUGUGAUGGCACCCGAGUAUUUGGCAGAAGAAUAUAAAGCUGUUACAGAUCAUAACGGUGCCUUGACUAGCGUAAUUGUAAGAGUAUCACCUUUCCAUACACCACAGCCUGGAAUAAGAUACUGUUUAGAUUCCGAACGGGAGAAAUGGGAACACAUUUGCGGCAUCGACGAGCUAUGUCAUAUUUCAGUUAGGCGAGACGGCACCGUCGAAAUCAGUCGCAAAAAUGGAAUUCCGUUUUAUCUAAAUUUUCACUCUUUAUUGCAUAUGUUUUCGUUUGUGAGCCUAUUGGAUGGAUAUUAUCGGCUGUCGUGUAAAUGGAUAUUUAAUUUAUGUAAAGAUAUGACGACUCCCUCUUUGCAAAAGUUAUACUCGAUGAAAUGUCACGGACCUGUAGGGGGAGAAUUUUCUUAUGCGAAAUUGGAGGAGAAACGUGGUAAUCGGCCCGGAUGCUUUAUCCUCAGAGAAAGUCAAUUGAAAUAUAACACUUAUUAUAUAGAUGUUUGCAUGAGAGAAAGCGCCAAACCGAAAACAUUCAAACUGGAAAAAUUGGCAACGGACGAAUUUAUUUUUAAUGACGACUUAAAUCGUUACAAAAGCAUCCAGCACCUAAUGUUAUCGUACAAUGAUCCCAAAGAAAGCAUUUAUUUAAAAGAAUGUUUGCCACCUUCCGAGUAUGAUAUAUCACCACUUCUUCUCUCACGAACGGACAACAUCGCUGGAGAUUCCGUUGCCGAUAGCACGGCAGUUCACAGUUUAAUUCCGGCGCAACCUCUUUGCAUACACAGCCGAGAUCUGCAGGUUUAUAAGGGGCAAAAGAAAGAGGGAAAAGACGGCAUCACAGUAGUAUAUCGAUGUAUGUGGCGUUUAGCAAAGGGAAAGAAAAUCGAGGUGGCAAUGAAAGUACUUAAGCACGAUCUCUAUGAAAAGUAUCUCAAAGAUUUUAUGGAACUGACUGGUCACUGGGCCUAUUUAGAAUCGAGCGCGAUCGUCCGAUUAUUUGGGAUUACGUUAAGUAGUCCAGUGGCUAUGAUAUUAGAACAUAUGCGUUUAGGACCUUUAGAUGAAUAUCUCAGAGAGAAUAAAGCACUGUUAAAAGUUGUAGAUUUAAUUGAAGCCGCCUCGAAUUUGGCCUCGGCAUUAUGGCAUUUGGAGGAACACGGUAUUGUACAUGGUAAUAUUCGUUGUAGGAGAAUUUUGGUUAGUUGCCACGAAGAAAAUAAAUUUACUGUCAAACUUGGGGACCCAGGAAUUUUCCAUUCAUAUGCCUCUAAAGAAGUUCAUUGGAUACCUGUUGAGUGUUACUCAAAUCUGGAAUAUGCGAAACGGUCUACUGCCGCAGAUGUGUGGGCUUUUGCCACAACACUUUGGGAAAUAUUUACGUACGGAGAAACAAUCGAGCAUAACAACUACAUGGAUGCUAUGAGAUAUUACGCAAGCGGUAAACGAUUACUUCGUCCAUCAGACUGCCCAAGCAACGUUUAUCAAGUAAUGCUCGAAUGUUGGGACCCUGAUCCGCACUGUCGCAAACAACCACAGGCUUUGCUUCGAGAUAUUAACCAAAUUUACUAUCAAAUUUAUAACUCGAGAGCUGUUCACGCUUAUUCAAAGAUGAAAUUAAGUUCUCUCUCUCACAGUGACAUCAUAUCGGUUAACAGUAUAUUUUCGACUAACACAGAGAGCACUGCCAUAGAUGAGUUAGUGUCAGUUUCGGACAUGGCAGAAGCCGAUUCCGACUUAACUGCUACCUCUGAUUCUAGUAGGGAAAACUCAUUGACUUCCAAGUGCCUCUUCUAUUCACAGGACAUGGAUAAUUAUGAAGAUAACAUCUCGUGUAACUUUUCCACAGUUUUCUCAAACUUCAACUUUUCGGUAGCGACAUCUGCCACUUCAUUAGAUAGCAUAAGCUCCAUGCAGAGUAUAUUUGAAUUAGACGCCAAUUGCAAUGUCAUCUUACAGGGUCGUAUAGGCCAGGGAUUUUAUGGGGAAGUGUAUAAGGGAACGUUAGAGUAUUUGGGCGACGAGGAUUCUGAACCGCGACUGGUCGCUGUGAAGAAAUUAAAAACGUCUGCCGUUUCAACUUGCCUGCAGGACUUCGAACGAGAAAUUUCUAUUAUGAAGACCUUAACGCAUCCAAAUAUUGUCGAUAUAUUAGGUGUUCUGCAAGAACCGGAGGUAUCGUUGGUCAUGGAAUUUGUUCAUCAUGGUUCAUUGCAAAGCUACUUGAAGAUUUAUCGAGAAUCGUUAACUAUAAAGCAACUUUUAAAAUAUGCUUUGGAUAUUGCAAAGGGUAUGAACUACUUAGGAACCAAGCACAUAGUACACCGGGACUUAGCAGCAAGAAACAUUUUAGUAGUCGAUGAAAAUCACGUAAAAAUAUCCGACUUCGGUUUAGCUCAGGUCAUGGAGGGAAAUGAAUACUAUAUAAUAAAGACUAACAGAGACCUUCCUAUAAAAUGGUAUGCACCCGAAAGCCUCCGCGACGGUAAAUUUUCGACACGCUCCGAUGUAUGGUCAUAUGGUGUUACAAUGUGUGAAAUGUUCGCGUACGGAGAAGAACCAAAGUUACAGCUGCCAAAGCCGGAUGACUCCGUUGGGCAAGAGCAGCAAAUUUUACUGAAUGCAAUUGAGAGCGGAACAAGAUUUCCGUGCCCGCCAAUGUGCCCUCCAUCUGUGUACGUUCGAAUAAUUUAUCCCUGCUGGCAGGCAAACCCCCAUGAUCGUCCCAGCUUUUUCGAAUUGUGUGAAGAAACUGAAGAUUUGUUAGCGCAGCAUUAAACUGUAUCAUAAUGCCAUCUGAUUUAUGCAGUUACAUAUGAAUCGAAUUUGUUAUUUUUAUUAAAAUUGUUUUCUACUUUGCCGUUGGAGUUUUGUCUUUUGGCCAUUCUUAACUCUACCAAUGAGCAUUGUGUGAGAGAAAUUGUACAAAUAAUGUUAUUGUUAUGUCUUUAAAGACUUGUUAUAUAUUUUGAACUCAAUUAUUUCAUUAGAUAUUGAUAUUAACUGAUUGUUAGUACCUAAGUCCUUAAAUAAAAUUUCUAAUACGUGAAUGUGAUAUCUUGCGUAUUACUAGAUAGUUAGCUUAUUGGAAAUGUUCUCUGCUUUUUUCUUCCAUUGUGUAAUUGUAACACAAAAAGGGAACAUGUCUGAAAGCUAUCGAUCUAUGGUGAUGUUAUGGUUUUUUGGAAUAAAUAAAAUGUUAUCUGAAUUCAUUGGCCAUAUGUAUAUAUUUUGUAUAUUAUAUUGACAUUAUACUUAUACAGCCCA